AUGAGUGUCUUGAGUCUUUCUGAUGUUUUUAAAUAUGCUCAUUGCACUCCAGAUACUAGAAACUUUGUAGAAGGCGAACAAGUAUUGCUUGCCAAACAUGUUAUUCUGUGUGGAAAAAUUGAAAAGGAUGAUGGUAUAAUUUCAAUUAAGAGUUUAAUAAUACAAUCCUCACAUAUUCGAGAUAUGCCUCAUGAAAUAACUGGAAAGUUACAUUAUGAGAAUAAUAAGCUACAUAUUAUACAGUUUGUUUGUACUUGUAAAGCUGGAGCAUCUGAAAGUUGUAAGCAUAUUGUUGCAGUAUUACUACAUCUGAAUAGGUAGGUACCUACAAAAGUAAUUUAGAUUACUUACCUAUAGUUUGUAUUUUGUAGUCCAUAACAAACUUA